AUGGCUUCUUUUGCUCUUUUCAAUGUCCUUGUUGGACUUGCUAGUUUUGCAUCUGGCACUCCCACCACCAAACGCGCCGUCAAUCUUGGUCCGAUGGCGUUGAUGGAGAAAAUCUCUAUUCCCUCUCAGUGGGUAGAGGCCGGUGAUGCGGCAUCCUCAACCAUGCUGAGGAUGCAAAUCGGUAUAAGACAAGGCAACAUCAAAGGGCUAGAGGAGAAGCUAUUGCACAUCUCCAACCCCGAAAGCCCUGAGUAUGGCAACUGGUUGACGCAGGAGCAAAUCGAGAAAUUUACCAAGCCAAGCAGCAAGAGUCUUGACACUGUGACGGCAUGGCUAAACAGUCAUGACAUUCAUGACUUCAGCCACCAGAGUGUGGACUGGAUCGAGGUCAAGGUGCCAGUUCACAAAGCAGAGGAAAUGCUCAAUGCAAAGUAUCUUCUCUACAAAGAUUUGCGAACCGGAACUGUCAUCCCUCGAGUCUCGGAAUACUCCCUUCCUCAUGCACUACACGACCAUGUUGACCUGAUUCAGCCCACCACGGCAUUUCUGAGCAAUCUUGCCCAGUCCAUCUAUCAGAAUGCAACCUCCGCAACACCCGAAACCGCAUCUCUCAACCGUCGAGGCAAUUGUGAUGGGCGCAACAUCACACCCGACUGCAUCAAAAGCUUCUACAACGUCGACUAUACAGGCCAAGGUCGAGCCUUGCUGGGCGUUUCAUCCAUUGCUGGCUAUGCUGCAUCUCACCGAGACGCUUCAACAUUUCUGCGCAACUAUGCGCCAUGGGCAUCCAACACGGAUUUUGCCGAAGUUAGCAUCAGAGGCGGAAGCAACAACUACAACGACUUUCUUGAAGGCAACCUCGACACUCAGGUAGCCCUGGCACUGGGAUACCCCGCCCAGGUCAAUCUGUACGAGAUGCCCUAUGACAACAACGACUUUGGCGACCAGCUUCUCGACCUUGCCAACUAUCUCAACAACAACAACAAUCCGCCCACGGCCAUCUCCACCUCCUACGGCAUUGACGAGCAGGAAGUUAACAACAACUACUUGUCCCGUGUUUGCAAUGAGUUUAUGAAAGCCGGCUCGCGAGGCAUCUCAACCUUUUUCUCAUCCGCCGACUUUGGCGUUGGCGGCGUCCGUGCCGGUGAAAGCUGUUCCAACAACAAGUACAUUGCCGUGUUCCCAGCCUCUUGCCCGUAUGUCACAGCCGUUGGUGGCACAGGAUAUCGCAAUGGUGGCGACGAGGUUGCUGCCGAGUAUCAAUUCACAAGCGGCCCUGGCUACAGCGGCGGCGGCUUCUCUUGGUACUUCAAGACUCCAGACUACCAGCGCAACGAUACCAAUGGUUACAUCUCUGGUGUUCUGGAUCAGAGCUGGGAUGGGUGGUACAACAAGCAGGGCCGUGGAUAUCCGGACAUUUCUCUGCUUAGUGAACUGUACACUAUUGUGCUUAAUGGUCGGGCAACACCUGUUUCUGGUACUUCGGCCGCAGCUCCCGCCUGGGCGGCUCUGAUUUCUCAGAUCAACGACUACCGCAAGAGCAUCAACAAGCCGUCUCUGGGCUUCCUGAACCCGCUUCUGUACAGUAAGCAGGGAAAAUCUGCUCUACGAGAUAUCACCCGCGGGUCAAACCCCGGAUGUAAUGUUGCAGGCUUCAUUGCUGGCUCCGGAUGGGAUGCAGUUACCGGGCUUGGUAGUAUGGAUUUCGGCAAGUUUCGUCAAACUGUCACAAACUUGUAA